AUGACUGUUAACUUCCCAAAGGAUACGGAGAGGGAAUUAGUGAGAUUCGUCCUGGCGAUGAUAAACGCUGUCCAACUAAUUUACCACGACCCUUCUUUAGGUAGACCGGUGAACUUCAUUCUAAAAAGGUUGGAGAUCCUACACGAAGAUCCAGUCAAUUUAAAAAGACCGCACGAUAUAGACAGAUUCCUAAGCAAUUUCUGUACAUGGCAGAGGCUGGAAAAUCCACUGGGCGACAAUGAUCCCUUGCACUGGGAUCAUGCUUUGAUUUUAACUGGGUUGGAUCUGUACGUCGUUAACAAGAAUGGCAAAGUCAGUAGUCAAGUUGUUGGAUUAGCACCAGUUGCCGGAAUGUGUACAGUCACUAGCAGUUGCACGGUUAACGAAGGCAGACAUUUCGAGAGCGUUUAUGUUGUGGCACAUGAAAUCGGACAUAACUUAGGCAUGCGGCACGAUGGUCCAUUAGCUGACAACGGAUGCGAUCCAAGCGCGUAUAUCAUGAGCCCAACACUGGGUAGCGGCAAAAUCACCUGGUCGCAAUGCAGCAAGAAUUAUCUACAAAAAUUUCUAGACACAGUACAAUCUCGAUGUCUGCUGGACCACGGAAACUCCGCUGGUCAGUUAGACCACAGCGCGGAAGGGAUUCUACCCGGUGAGCGAUUUGACGCUGACCAACAAUGCAUGCUGAAAUACGGUAGUGGAAGCCGCCACUCAGCAGUACAAAAUCUGGAGGACAUCUGCAGAGAUCUGCAUUGCCAAAGAGAGAGAUAUACGUGGACUUCUCACCCAGCCCUGGAGGGGACCAGAUGUGGUGAUGAUUUGCACUGCAGGGGCGGCGCGUGCGUCGAGCGCGAGGGCAGCGUGCAGCGCGGCUCCUGGGGCCGCUGGUCGCGCUGGUCGGAGUGCGCGUCCGCCUGCUUGCUGGACGACGCUCACGCGCCGGCCGCCGCGGGCGUGGCGGUCGCCACGCGGCGCUGCUACCGCCCGAGGAAUGAAAACGGGAACAGCUACUGCACCGGCCACGACAAGAAGUACCAAUCCUGUCAUGCACAACAGUGCAAUAAAGUGCCACGUAUGACCGUGCGGGAGUUUGCAGACCAGAUAUGCCUCCGUGCACGAGAUGUAGACCCCGACCUGAUAGGAACGGGACUUCAAAGGAUCGACUCCGAUGAUGUGAGCAGCGCGUGUGCGGUGUGGUGCGACACUCGCGGAGGGGGAUACAAGUCGAGGGGCUGGAGCCUUCCAGACGGAACUGCCUGUUCCAGCGCAACGCCAAUGUUCUGCAUAUCAGGUGUUUGCAGGAAGUUCUCGUGCGACGGAAACAGCGAUACGGAGUUCUCGCUGAGGCCGAGCGACUGCGAGUGGCAGGCGCUGCAUACGGCCACGCCGCAUCCUAUCGCAACCUUCGAACCAGAGCGGCCGUCCAAGGGUGGCAAUCCGUGGCGGCGCGCGGCCGGCUCCCAGUGGCGCGCUGCCAGCGGCUGCCACCACCACUGCAUCCGGCCGGGCAGCGGCGUUAGGCUGGUCACCGCCGCGGGCCGCUCCCUCACCACCAUCCAACUCUGCCGUCCAGAUCCAACUGCACCGGAACUGGGCUGCUCCCAGAGAAGAACGCCAUAUCAGUACGCGACGAUGGUGUGUUCCAAGUACAAAGAGAGAGUGAGACGGCUAUCUGGAUUGGGAAUGCAGAUAUCGCCUGCCUUAGAGGAGCCUGACCGGCCGUGCCGAGUGGCGUGCCAGGACGAGCGCGUGGCGCACCGCUUCUACCUGGUCAACGGCCAAGAGGGCUGGUUCCCCCUCGGCACCGCCUGCUCCAAGCGGAACGCCUCCUACUGCGUCAGCGGCAAGUGUCUGGAGUUCGGGCCGGACGACACUCCGCUGUCCGAGGCGGUGUUCACGCUGCCGCUGCUGCCGCGCGGCGUGGCGAGCAGCUCGUCGCGCGUCUCGUCGCGCCGCUCGUCGCGCCACCGCCGCUCGCUGCUGCGCGACACCCUCAGCGUCAGGGCCACGCUCGACGCGCUGCGCUUGGAGCGGAUCGUCGCCGGCCUCAACUUCACCGGUGAUGACUCUCUCUGUCUACUUCCCAGUAUCUCUCCGUCUACCAGCAAGAACGGCGAACACAUCACUUUGUACGACACCGUACCGGAGAACAUCGAACUGGACUUCAACAACCCUAUACAUAUCGCGCCCGAAGACACUCUUCUGAGUAAGAGCCCCCGACCAACUUGGGAC